CGCAGUACAGGAAGGUUUCCGGACAGGGAACCACCGCUCUUUAUUGUCUUGGAUCGGCUGUGGGACUCGAGGGAUUUCCGGUGGAUCUCACACAUCUUGUCAGAACCAUGAGCCCGGUGGAUAAGACACCCGUCCCAUUGUGGGCGAGGAGUGUGGUGAGCGAUCUCAAAUCCGACGCUGAAACGUUUACCAGUUGGGACAAAUGCAUGUCGAAAGCCUAUUGCAAGUGGCCUGUCAUCGCCGCAAUCAUCAUCGCCGCAUUGAUUCUCCUCUCGGUCAUUGCAUGUGUGGUCAAUUGCUUGUGUUGUGGUGUGCAAUGUUGCAAAUGCUGUUGCGGAUGUUGUUCGUCAUGCUGCCCAGCUCCCAGGAGAAGGAGGGACAAGACGAAGCAUUUGGACGAUCAGUAUGACCAACAGCCUCCAAUGCCUGCCAUGCCGACUGUACCGCCCAUAAAUAAUGCCUAUCAGUCACCUUAUCAGCCGCAAGCACCGCCUGUCUACCGCGGAGCAGAGGUAGCACGGUUUGAUACACCGACAAGUCCUGCAGGCGCGAAGUUCGACGAGGACGCAUUGCCUGCCAUGCCCACGUGGGACAACGCCGUAACAAAGCGGGUCGAAGAUGGGGAGCCUCACGGAGAAGCAAUGGAGAUGAAACCUCUCAAUAACCCCAUCCAGGAGCCUCGCCGUAUGCCAUCUGCCGCCAGAUCAGUCGGGGGUGGUUAUAUGGGCCCUACGCCGUUGAGAACCGGGACACCUGCUAACCAUCACGCUGAGCCUCGAGGAUAUGAUGGAUAUGAUGGAUACGGUGGACAAGAUGCAUAUGGCUAUCAUGCGUCCGGGCCAAGGUCUCCCCCGCCCAUUUCGCCUUAUGAGCAACAGCCAUAUAGCGCGUAUCCUCCUGAGGACCGCUUCCAUUCCAUGUCGCCGGCCCCCACGUACACCUCGCAACCAGCUUAUGCGCAUAUGGACUCGGCGCAACCACAUCAUAUGCCUAUGGAUGGCGCGCAACCGUAUCAUAUGCCCAUGGACGACGUGCACCCGCCCUAUAUGCCAAUGGAUGCCCCGCAAUCCCAUUACAUGCCGAUGGACAACAUGCAGCCACAUCAUAUGCCACCGGAAUCCACGUACGGGCAGCCGAUGCCGAUUAACAGAACAUACUCCCCAGCCCCCACUCUCCACUCGGCUAUGAAUGCUCCUCGUCCAGUCCCGUACCGCCAGCCUUCCCCAGGGUUUAACCAAGCACCGCCCUAUCGAGGAAUGUCUCCCGCUACUCCUGUAUCGCCACCUCCCCCAUUCACUUCGACCCCUGCGUCUUAUGAAACCAAUGACCCGGGCAGGCCCCCGAGUCUUUUGCAGAGUGGGCGCAGGCCCACGCCCAACUAUUGAGAGAUCUUCAGGCUAUCCUGCUAUUCUAGCCAGUUCCCGAUGACUAUGAUUUUCUCUAUAGGAAUUGACGCCGUAAAUGCGGCCCUGAUUCCACUUUUCUUGGUGUGCCCAGCUCUGGCUUGAAAAGUUUUGUGACCUAGAAAUGUUGUCU